AAAAUGCAUCAUUGCACGGGAUUGUCGGCCUGUACUCGUGUCUGCCAUCAAAAUCAAAAUAUGCAGCCCCGUAAUAACGGGAUAUGUGAUAAAAUAGAGAAUUAUAUAUCAGAAUUGAGCCAGUGGUCAGUAUGGAGAACAAUAAUCCUGGGCCAGUUCCUGUCGAUAGUUCUGUACUGGAUGACACAGCUAAAUCAUCACAUAAAUACAGUGUCUCUACCAAAGCUUGCAAUACCCACAGGACAAAAUAUGCCACACUAUGCAAUGAUGUGCCUGGUGUAUACGACGUGGAUGUCGUGCAGAGGUGCAGGCAAUGGACUAUUCUCCGUCCUAAAGUCCCGGGGUUGGCGGUACCUAUUGCUCGCUCUCAUAGAUGUUGAGGCGAACACUCUUAUAACUUCCUCGCAUCAGUUUACCAGCCUUGCCAGUAUACAGUUGCUGGAUUGCGUAGCAAUUCCCGUUGCGCUGGCACUCUCAUGCCUUGUGCUUGGUGUGAGAUAUCGAAUUGUUCACAUUGUGGGAAUUUCUGUCUGCCUCAUGGGAGUUGGGUGUCUGGUGUGGGCUGGAAUUGAUGACAAUAAAGAUCUUGGUGUUAAUGCAAAAAAUCAACUGGUCGGUGAUAUGCUGUGCCUGGGUGGAGCAGUCCUUUUUUCAGUGACAACUGUUCUCCAAGAAUUGGCAGUAAAGAGCGUUGACAUCAUUGAAUAUCUCGGGAUGAUUGGAUUCUUUGGAACAAUUUUAAGUUGCAUUCAAGUCGGGGUAUUGGAGAGACUUCAAAUGGAAUCAGCAACCUGGACCACAGUAACACCAGUUGUCAUUACUGCCCUGAUAUUUUAUUGCAUCACUCAGUUCGUAUUCUUCUCGCUUGUUCCCGUCAUUCUGUUCGAAUCUGGUGCAACAGCAUUACAAUUGGCCCUUCUCACUGCAGAUUUUUUCAAUGUUCUUAUCGGCAUGUUGGCUCGUGAAUACAAGUUCCACACAUUGUACUUCCUCUCUUACACAUUAACAAUGACUGGAAUAUUUAUUUAUGCCAUAAAAAGAACUCCGAUGUCUUCAGGCUCGAGAAGACAACAGCAACUUGAGACGCCAGCUCCAGAUUACAGUGACGUGAUUUUAAGACGUAUGUCUCAUCCUGACGGUGGUGAAGUGGAGAUGGCAACGAGCUCGGGUAUGUCAGCAGUGAGUGGUACCUUAGAUGUAAUGGACAUCAAAGCUUCCUCGACACUUGGCAGCGAACGAGAGACCAUGGAUGCAACAAGUCUUCCAUUGAGUAAUAGAAAAGGACGAAGCGGAUGUACUAAAGAAUCCCAGUGAUUCACAUCUCAUUUCUUCCAUCUUCUCGCCGAGAAAAAAAGAUGAACA